UCUAUACGGAUGUUUGAUUUAGAGUGUGCAACAGAAAGAUAGAGAGAGUGAAAAAAGGGAACUAAGCCAGUACAAAGCAACUUCACCCAGAAGUAAGGAGUGUAUUUGUAAUAACUGUCUCUUUGGGAAACAUGCACCUUUACUCACUAGUUGGUUCUGGAACUCUCUUUGGAGUCUUUCUCUGUAUAUCAGACGUACAGAGCAUGAGGACACUGAAAAACGUAGCUGUAAAACAUGGAGGAUCUGUCACUAUUCCGUGUCUUUAUGAAGACCAAUACAAACCAAACCCUAAAUUCUGGUGCAAAGGGUAUUUUUGGUCUUCCUGCAGCAUAGAAGCCUAUGCAAACUCAAUUGGUAGUACAUCAGUCACUGAUUAUCCAGCACAGGAUAUGUUCACUGUUGAACUGAACAAGGUUUUUUAUUCUGGAACGUACUGGUGCGCAGCAGAAAUUGGUAGUAAAUGGACCCAAGAUGACUAUGAUUAUUUGUACCUAACUGUUAGUCAAGAUCCUGAUCUGUCUGUGAUGGAGAGCAGAGUGAGGGGUGAGGAAGGAGGAAGCGUCACAGUCCAGUGUCUCUACAGCGCUGCGUAUCAGAAUACACAGAAGCAGUGGUGCAGAUUCAAAGACAAUGUAUGCAACACAUUUAGGAGGACUGCCACAUCCCAGAAUUCAGCAGUGCAGGUCAGUGACGAUGGGAGAAGAUCCUUCAGUGUGCAGAUGAGUGGACUGAAGAAGAGUGAUGCUGGCUGGUACUGGUGCAGUGCAGGAGAUCUGCAGGUUCCUGUUCACAUCAGUGUCGGUGAUGAAGCUCCAGGUAUCUCUGAAAAAAAAGAGGAACAUAAAACAUCUCCUAUUGAUGACACUAUACUGGCUCUUUGCAUCAUCUCUGGCCUCUUGUUGGUGCUCAUAGUGAUUGGUUGUGUCAUCUGGAAGCGUAAACAGAAACACAUUGGACUAUUAGUCUUAAGCAAAGGAGCUAGCCACAGUCCGAUAAACACUGAUGUGGUUUAUGAUGAUGUCGUUUUCGGACAGCCACAGAGCAUUCCAAACAAGGCCUCAUCAGCUUCUGAGCAAGAAGUCACCUACAGCACUGUCAGAACCUCUCACCAUCCAACAGUCUCUCCAGUUCCCCCUAAUGACAAAGUCAUCUACAGCUCAGUAAAAAGUCACACAUGAGAGGCUACUGAAAAAACUCCAGCACUGGAAAGUCUUUGCAAGAAGUGAUGGUACUACACACGUUUUGUGUGUUACUCUAUCUACAGUCAAGAAUCGCUUACUGUGGCGGGUAAAUUUGUCUUUUCUUCCCAACCACAAGCUUCUCUUUUUUUUUGUUGAGCAUGUUCCUUUGUUGGAGGGUGUGUGUGUGUGUGUGUGUGUGUGUGUGUGUGUGUGUGUGUGUGUGUGUGUGUGUGUGUGUGUGUGUGUGUGUUAAUAUUUUCCUAUAUAUUAAGCAAUAACACAUUCUCUAACUGCACGGGUGGACAAUAGAAUGUAUUUUCUGUAAUGCUAGUCUCUGCUAUUAAUGAAGUACUUUUUUUAAAGGAACAGUUGUGCCAAAAAUUUAAUUCACUGUUGUUACCAUACCCCAAACAUGUGAAUAUUGUUUUUUGUUUUGUUUUGUUUUUAAUUAAAGAUGCAAACUGGCAAAAAAAAAAAAAAAACAACAACAACACAUUACUCUAAUUAACAUUACCACAUUAUAAUUAUCACACAGACAUAUUUGCUUGUUAAAUCUAUAACACUGACUAUACAGUUCACAGCUUUACGGAGGUAAAUAUACAUCACUCUUUACAGUCAGGCAUGGUAGUUUGAAGGCAUCCAUGUUUUUUAUUUGUAUUUUGGUAUUCUUUGUAUUUUCCCCCCAAAUGACAUAAUUCCUACUUCGGAAGCAAGCCUCAUUCACCAAAUAUGUAUUUACUAACACACACACACAAAUGGAAUAUUGAAGGAAAUGUGUACAUUAUUAUUUUAAAGAUCAUCUUCAUAUUUUUCGCUGAUUGUCAGGACUCUCAUAUUGUGAGUACAUAUAAUGUAUAACCUGUUCAGAACUCUUUAGGCGAAUAAAAGCUGUCUAAUACAGUGGUUUUCAAAGUGGGGCCGCCAGGGGGCGCCCGGGGGCCUCAACAAUUUGGUGUGAAAAAUGAAUAAUAAUAUAUAAAAUGUAUAAAUAAUAAAUAAAUGUAUGUUUUCGCUUUCUCACUCUCAGAUACACACACACACACACACACACACACACACACACACACACACACACAAUCAAUUCCUAAUGUAAUGUAAUGUAAAGAUGUAAGAUGUAAUUAUUAAUAAUAAAAAAAAUUUAAAAAGGGGGAUAUAUUCAGAUGUCUGUAAUUUUAAAGACAUCUUGCAAAAGGGGGGCCUCGGUCAAAUUUUAAUGCCAUUUGGGGGGUCUUGCCCUGGAAAAGUUUGGGAACCCCUGGUCAAAUAUACUUCUAUGAUCUUUUUAUGUACAGCCAGCGCAUACUGUACAUUGAUUUUUAGUGCCACCAUGUGGUGGAGCAUGACUAAGCUCAUACACAUUGCAGUUAUUUUGGUUCAUACUAGCAGUCUAGGAGUCACUGCAUCUUGGCAUCCUGGCACGAGAAGGGCAAAAUCACAAAAAAAUUUCUGGUUCUUACUGUUCUUGUUGGAGCAUGCACACAAAUAAACAGUGGGCUUGGUGAGAAAA